AAAACAACAGAGGACCCUGUGGAAGGCCAAUUCACCUACCAUCAUUCUGUUUGGAACGCGAGAAAAUAAUGGGGGCGGAAGAGCAGAAACAAACUGACCCUAAUUCUACUCCUAACCCGAAUCGAGUAUCGGAGACCCAGUUUCUCCUUUGGAAACGCCAGAAGGAUGCUGAUGCAUCAGCUAGAAAAGCUGAAGCUGCUAGGAAACGUGCAGAGGAUAUAGCUGCAGGAGUAGUGCAAAUGAAUGGCCGGGAGCUUUUCUUGCAUGAACCUUGGGUGUUUGAUAAUGCUCAUUACUGAGGUUUGUGAUGAAUCUGAUACUACAGAGAGCGUUAGAAACAAUUGUUUGUCGUUCUCUUCAAUACUACUGGAGUCAAGAUGGAUUCCAGAGUGUUUUAGGUAUAUCCUCCAUGUUUCUCGUACAAGCGGCCUCUAAAAAUAGAAAGUUCGAUCGUAUUUCUGUUGAAAUUUCACAUUCUUGAUUGUUUUCUUACAUAUGUUGCCUUUGCUCACAUCUUUGUUUGUGGAACUCUGUGGUGUAAUGUUCCUAAUUGUUUGUGGAACUCUGUGGAAGCUUUAUAACCUUUUUUUCAUGACAAUGGAUACAUAAUCUUAUAUCA